AGUUAUCGUCUAAGAGGCUUCUGUUCCGGCUUGCAGGAUGAGGCGCGGAGCAUUCUGGGAGAAGUAGUCGGUAGCGACGGAUAAGGAAGGGGCUGCGAGGCAUGCCGGGAAAUGUAGUUCUGCGGUCAAGCCUACAGUAGGUUGAGACAUCCAUCACCAGAGUAUGUUUGUUGUGGAGCUUCUUCCUUCUCCCUAAAUUUUGACAGUUAAGUGGAUUUGGGUUGUAGGUGUUGAACUGUUACCAGGAUGCUCCGACGAAAACCCACUCGCCUGGAACUGAAGCUAGAUGACAUUGAGGAAUUUGAGAGUAUCCGAAAGGAUCUGGAGACUCGUAAAAAACAAAGGGAAGAGGUGGACGUGGUGGGAGCCAGUGAUGGGGAAGGAGCUAUUGGCUUGAGCAGUGACCACAAGACCCGGGAACAAAUGAUCAAUGACCGAAUUGGUUAUAAACCUCAACCCAAACCCAAUAAUCGUUCAUCUCAGUUUGGAAGCUUUGAGUUUUAGAGUUUAUGGAUAAAUUAUCCUGUGUGCCUGCCUUUGAAAAAGCAAUGAGAUGAAGGUGAAAGUUAAAAAUACUUUUUAGAGCUGAGUGCUUGAAGACUAUCAGAAUAUUUUGCCUUCAUGAGAUCCUCAUGAGGCUUAGCUUCUUUAUUCAGGAAAAAUUUGAACUCUAGUUGGCGUAUGAAACAUUUUCAUCUUCCUCUCCAGAGAACUUGUAUUUUGUUUUUCAAAAUAAAGACAACUUUAGAAAAUGA